CGCCACCUCGCCCCCAUUUUUAUUGCUUAGACCGUAUUGCCGGCAGCCAGAUGUGCUGAAAGUCCUGACGACAGCAUUUCUUCGUUGCGUGAUUUUAAUAGGCUGAGAGAAAUAUGAGUAGAGUGCAUGAAAGCAGCCCAGCUUCACACUUCGGCUGGGGAAGCCCAAAAAGCUCACUGCUGCUUAGCAUUCUUGCGACAGUCAGGAGAAAGCCAAAAGCUGCUCCGGCACGGAAUCUUCUCCGACUGAAUUAGAAGAAUAAUAAUGACUGUACAAUUAGCGACCAGCCUCUGCUCAUCUAAGCACAGCUUUCACAGAGCUCAGGAGAAAUAUGGAACUUGACUGGCAUGUUUUUAUUCGACAGCGUAUGCAAAUAGAUGACUUUUAAAGACAGGUGGUAAGGAAAAAUAAGAGAAGAGAGAGAGAGAGGAGAGAGGGAGAGAGGGAGAGAGAAAAGAGAACGAAAAUGCAAUUUGAGACAUUGCGCCAGGUCUGCAAUUCUGUUUUAUCUCAUUUUCAUGGGGUUUUUUCAUCCCCACCAAAUAUUUUGCAAAAUGAGCUUUUUGGACAAACGCUGAAUAAUAAUAAUACACGGAAAAGAAGUCCGUCCGUGUCCAGAGACCAGAACAGAAGGUACGCCCCGCGGGAGGAGAGGGAGGAGGACCCGCAGUAUGCGCCCGCGGGCAGCGCCAUGCCCAGGUCUCCAUCGGAUUACGCCGACCGGCGGCCUCCGCGCGAGCCCCCGUUCUACGAAGCAUCGGACCCCGUAAGCUACAGGGAGCCCGGCCGGAGGGGCCACCGGCACGCCAAAGAGUACGACGAUGACGAGGACCUGGAGAGCAGGGAGGACUAUGAGAGGCAGAGGCGCGAGGAGGAGGAGUACCAGGCGCGCUACCGCAGCGACCCCAACCUGGCCCGUUACCCGGUCAAGCCGCAGCCCUACGAGGAGCAGAUGCGCAUCCACGCCGAGGUGUCCCGCGCGCGGCACGAGCGCAGGCACAGCGACGUGUCUCUGGCCAACGCCGAGCUGGAGGACGCCAGGGCGGCCUCGCUGAGGAUGGAGAGGAUGGAGAGGAUGGAGAGGACGGAGAGGAUGGAGAGGACGGAGCGGCCGGCCAGGCAGAGGUCCGCGUCCGAGCGCAGAGCCGCCCUGGAGAGCCAGCGCUCCUACUCCAUGGAGAGGACUCGAGAGGCGCAGGGGCCCGGCUCGGCGGCGUCGUCCUAUCCACCCAGGACCACAAACCACAGCCCCCCGACGCCCCGCAGAAGCCCGAUCCCCAUGGACCACCGGCAGGACCCGCGGCGCGCCGCCGCCGAGCCGCUGCGGAGGCAGCAGCAGCAGCAGCAGCAGCACCUGGACCCCAGCUCCGCCGGCGGCAGGAAGACCAAGCGCGAGAAGAUGGAGACGAUGCUCAGGAACGACUCGCUCAGCUCCGACCAGUCCGAGUCCGUGCGGCCGCCCCCGCCCCGGCCCCACAAGUCCAAGAAGGGGGGCAAGAUGCGCCAGGUGUCCCUCAGCAGCUCCGAGGAGGAGCUGGCCUCCACGCCCGAGUACACCAGCUGCGACGACGUGGAGAUCGAGAGCGAGAGCGUAAGUGAGAAAGGAGACAUGGAUUACAACUGGCUGGACCAUACGUCUUGGCAUAGCAGUGAGGCCUCCCCAAUGUCUUUGCACCCUGUGACAUGGCAGCCAUCCAAAGAUGGAGAUCGCUUGAUUGGUCGUAUUUUAUUAAAUAAGCGCCUGAAAGAUGGAAGUGUGCCUCGAGAUUCAGGAGCGAUGCUUGGCUUGAAGGUUGUAGGAGGAAAGAUGACUGAAUCGGGUCGGCUCUGUGCAUUUAUUACCAAAGUGAAAAAAGGAAGCUUAGCUGAUACUGUAGGACAUCUUAGGCCAGGUGAUGAAGUGUUAGAAUGGAAUGGAAGGCUGUUGCAAGGAGCCACCUUUGAAGAAGUCUACAACAUCAUCCUGGAAUCCAAACCAGAGCCACAGGUGGAGCUUGUCGUUUCGAGGCCUAUUGGAGAUAUCCCUAGAAUACCUGAUAGCACACAUGCACAACUGGAGUCCAGCUCCAGCUCAUUUGAAUCUCAAAAAAUGGAUCGUCCUUCUAUCUCCGUUACCUCUCCCAUGAGUCCUGGCAUGUUGCGAGAUGUUCCGCAGUUUUUAUCUGGACAACUUUCAAGCCAAAGCCUUAGUAGAAGAACAACGCCUUUUGUUCCUAGGGUUCAGAUAAAACUGUGGUUUGACAAGGUUGGUCACCAACUAAUAGUUACAAUUUUGGGAGCCAAGGAUCUCCCUUCCAGGGAAGAUGGGAGGCCAAGGAAUCCUUACGUGAAAAUUUACUUCCUUCCAGACAGAAGUGAUAAAAACAAAAGAAGAACGAAAACUGUGAAGAAAACAUUGGAACCCAAAUGGAACCAAACAUUCAUUUAUUCUCCAGUCCACCGAAGAGAAUUUCGGGAACGAAUGCUGGAGAUUACCCUUUGGGAUCAAGCUCGAGUUCGAGAGGAAGAAAGUGAAUUCUUAGGAGAGAUUUUAAUUGAAUUAGAAACAGCAUUGUUAGAUGAUGAGCCACAUUGGUACAAACUUCAGACCCAUGAUGUCUCUUCCUUCCCACUUCCCCAUCCUUCUCCCUACAUGCCACGAAGACAGCUCCAUGGAGAGAGCCCAACACGGAGGUUGCAAAGAUCAAAGAGAAUAAGUGACAGCGAAAUCUCUGACUAUGACUGUGAUGAUGGAAUUGGUGUGGUGUCAGAUUAUCGACACAAUGGCCGAGACCUUCAAAGCUCAACGUUGUCAGUGCCAGAACAAGUAAUGUCAUCCAACCAUUGUUCACCAUCAGGGUCUCCACACCGAGGAGAUGUUAUAGGAAGGACGAGGUCAUGGUCACCCAGUGUCCCUCCUCCACAAAGUCGGAAUGUGGAACAGGGACUUCGAGGGACGCGCUCUUCCACUGGCCAUUAUAACACAAUUAGCCGAAUGGAUAGACAUCGUGUCAUGGAUGACCAUUAUUCUCCAGACAGAGACAGUCACUUUCUUACUCUACCUCGCUCCAGAUACAGUCAGACCAUUGACCGUCAUCACAGGGAUGGCAGGGAUUGCGAAGCAGCAGAUAGACAGCUCUAUCACAGAUCCAGAUCAACAGAACAGCGGCCCGUCCCCGAGCAGACCCCCGCCCGCUCCAGAUCCACUGAGCGUCCCGACACAAACCUCAUGAGGUCGAUGCCUUCAUUAAUGACCGGAAGAUCUGCCCCUCCUUCACCUGCCUUAUCGAGGUCCCAUCCUCGGACGGGGUCUGUCCAGACCAGCCCAUCCAGCACUCCGGUGGCGGGUCGAAGGGGCCGGCAGCUGCCACAGCUUCCACCAAAGGGGACACUGGAGAGAAUGGUCACAGAAGACGGGGACCCCACCAGGAGAAGGCAUGCAGGUGCUAUGGAUAUAGAGGAGAGAAAUCGCCAAAUGAAAAUUAACAAAUACAAACAGGUAGCCGGAUCAGACCCCAGACUGGAACAAGAUUACCAUUCAAAGUACCGAUCAGGAUGGGAUCCUCAUAGAGGGGCAGAUAAUAUUUCCACUAAAUCCUCGGACAGUGAUGUAAGUGAUAUAUCUGCGGUUUCCAGGACUAGUAGUGCUUCUCGUUUCAGCAGCACAAGCUACAUGUCCGUCCAAUCAGAACGGCCCAGAGGAAGCAAGAAAAUCAGUGUCUUUACGUCCAAAAUGCAGAGCCGCCAGGCGGGCGCGGCGGGGAAGAACAUGACCAAGAGCACCAGCAUCAGCGGCGACCUCUGCUCGCUGGAGAGGGGCGCGGGCAGCGCGCCCCCACAAGCCCUGGGCCCCCACAAGCGCCGCUCCAGCAUCGGGGCCAAAAUGGUAGCUAUUGUGGGUCUCUCCCGGAAGAGCCGCAGCGCCUCCCAGCUCAGCCAGACCGAGGCCGGAGGCAAGAAGCUGCGGAGCACGGUGCAGAGGAGCACGGAGACGGGCCUGGCCGUGGAGAUGCGGAACUGGAUGACGCGCCAGGCGAGCCGGGAGUCCACCGACGGCAGCAUGAACAGCUACAGCUCCGAGGGCAAUCUGAUCUUCCCCGGUGUCCGCUUGGCCUCCGACAGCCAGUUCAGCGAUUUUCUGGAUGGCCUUGGACCUGCCCAGUUAGUGGGGCGCCAGACCCUGGCUACACCUGCAAUGGGUGACAUCCAGGUGGGGAUGAUGGACAAAAAGGGACAGUUGGAGGUGGAGAUCAUCCGGGCCCGUGGCCUUGUCGUCAAACCAGGUUCCAAGACACUGCCAGCACCAUACGUCAAGGUGUACCUCCUGGACAACGGAGUCUGUGUGGCCAAGAAGAAGACAAAAGUGGCCCGGAAAACACUGGAGCCCCUCUACCAGCAGCUGCUGUCCUUCGAGGAAAGCCCCCAGGGAAAGGUCUUACAGAUCAUCGUGUGGGGGGACUACGGCCGCAUGGAUCACAAGUCUUUCAUGGGCGUGGCCCAGAUACUUCUGGAUGAACUGGAGCUGUCCAACAUGGUGAUCGGAUGGUUCAAACUCUUCCCCACAUCCUCCCUCGUAGACACGACCUUGGCCCCUCUGACGAGGAGAGCGUCCCAGUCCUCUCUGGAGAGCUCAGCGGGACCUUCUUACUCUCGUUCAUAGCAGCUGUCAAACUGUUGUCCUAGCAACCAGCGUUCCAAAAAAAAAAAAAUAAAGAAAAAACCACAGGUCGCUAACCCUGGUAACACUGCAUGCUUAAUGUUGUGUCUUCUGAGCCCGUUCCUAGGGAUGCACAAGCGAUCCUGUGUUCUCAGAGGAAGUCGCACACAUUGUGCCUACAGAAGGCCCUCCAGUGAGAGCAGCGCUGGGAAGAGCUGUCAGGUGUGGAGUUGCGGUGACACUCAGGUUUCGGUCCGAUCUGAAGCCAUGGAUGGAUCUCAGAGAAGCAGUCCAUCUCGCGCAAGCAAAAGCCCUUUUCAAUGGCACCUUUCUGUUUUUACCGUUCCUUUCUCUUCGUUUCUCUGACCCCCAAGCCCUGCUAUGCCACAGAGAUGCAGUGAGCGAUACAGCCACUGAGCCAUGUGAUCAGCCAAGGAGUGUGAAGUCUAGAAAGUACCAGGUGAAAAGCAGGAGACCUGAGCAGUUCUCUGAGGCAGAGCAUCAGCAGCCCUCACGCCAAGAUGCGUUGGACUGUGGGAGACAACAUUCUGUGGCUACACCGUACUGAAUGACACUAAAGAAACCCUUCUGCAUGGACACAGAUUAGCUGAAUUACUUACAUUAUUUUCUUGGGGCUGCAACUUGCAAAAAAAAAAAACAAAAAAAAAACCACAACAAAAAAAAAAACUCAGCCAUUUUCAACAAUUUAUAUUCUUUUUAAAAAUAAAUUUCACUAGUGCAUGGUUUUAAAAAGGGGGCAAGAAUGCAACAGGGUGAUACCAAGACACACCAUGUUUAUUAUUUAAUCCUAGUCUGUGUUUUGGCAGACAUGACAAAAGAAAAUACUUUCUAGAAGUUACUUAAAAUUCUCUUUGUGACGACUGGAUGAAUAUUCCGUUUAUUUUCCACAUUAACUACACAAAUCUAAUGAAGUUCGAAAUGUGCAAAUUGUUCCACCUUUCUCCUCACCCCUCUUUUAAUCUUUUAUUUUCUUUCUCCCUGCAGGAAAGAAAAUAAAUUAUUUAAUUAUUCUAAAAAAUUAUCAGUUUUUGACCUGAUACUCUCUUGUACCCCAGGUUUGAUUCAGAGCCGUAGAUGCUUCUGAAUGUAUGAAUUUUUUCAAGGGGAAAAAAAUGUAAGAGCUUUCUGUAUUUCAAGCAUGUUGGAAAGGAUUUUGGAACGUGGCUUAGGAGUGCACUAAAGUAAGUCGGCAUGUAUUCGACAAAGAAGAUACGUGAACUUUUGCAAUCCGUUGUCCAGUGGGAGUGCAUGGUCAUUUUACUUUCGCCUUCCAGGUUUAGUUUACAGGAAGGUUCUGAAAUCGCGUGGCCAUUGUCAGGUCCAGCAAAUUUGUUUUUACACCAGCAUUAUUCAUUCAGGGGUUAAAGCAUUCUUUCUAGAAGGUCUCUGGUUUCGCUUUCUCAUUGAUUAAAGCGAUUUCUUUAGCCAGUUUCCAUUUACUAUGUGAAUGGAAACGCUGCUAAAACGUUGGGGCCCUGGAACGCAGGGCUGUGUAUUUAUUUUUAUUUUUUUCAGUAGUAAAAUUCAGUUUUUCACGAAUUGUAUUUCUAAAUAAAUAGAGCACACAUGAAUUUGCAACAAAUAACUUUAAAGCUCCAAUUUUUAGAUGACUCAAAGGAAGUCAGUCUGCCUAUUCACAGUUCACCAAAAGUCAGACCCCUGCCUUUGGUCUUACAGACGGUUGUCAUUGCCAUUGGGUGGUGCUACCAGGUCAGAUUUCUCUUAAAGGCCCCCUGGGUAGCAGAGAAGUCGCCGGUUAAUGUAAUAAACCACCCUGACUUCCUGUUUCUUUAUGGACACUCUGUACACACAUUCUUAUAGGUUGAUUUAAUUUCUUGCAAUGACUAUUGAAAUCCACCUCCAUAUAAUUUCUUUAAACUAAAGCCAUGCACCAAAUUUUUUUUUUUUUCUUUUUAAAUUCAGUGGUGACAUUUAGAACUAUGCUUGCUAUGGUGCAAAAGUUAAAAUGAGUAUCACUGAAAAUGCCUUCUCUUUAUGUGGUGCAAUAUGAAAUACACCGAGGCUGCGUCUUGGCGUUCUGAGAUCUGUGAUGGCCCCGGGUGAAGUCGUUCAGAGAACGGGUAGAGAUUUACUGAGGUAACCUAGACACGCGUGUACCAGCAACAAUUGGUUUCAUAGACCUACAGUGUCAAUCCUCUCCCUUAGGAUUAAACGUUUACCAUUUCCCCGACACUAAGACGCGGUCACAUAAUCUUUUGUGUAUAUACCUAUAUAAAUUCUUUCUAAUUUUAAUAAGAAGGACGUGACUGUACGGAAUAUUUGUACAUAACUCGUCAUUGUGCAGUAUUUAUUUAAAAGUUGGUGUAUUUUUUUUCUUUUUUUAAUUUUCACAUGUCUGCACCUCGACUUGUGGUUUAGUCAUGUAAAUAGCACUAUCCCGGUGACCACUGCUGCCCUGUACAUAGUAUGUUUUAAAAACUAAAGGGAAUUCCAGUUGGAAAAAAAAAAAAUUAAAUAAAAAAGGGCAGAUUAGUCCUGUAAAGAACACCAACUAAUGUAAAUCAAACUCAUUCUGGUGAUGGUAUUUAACACUUUAAAUAAAACAUUUUUCUUUACAGA